AAAACAAAACAAGAAAAGGAUUAAACAAUAAGCCCCACCAUUAUUUCGCCUCUUAAAAAAUGCCAUUAAUUUAAAGCAAUCACCAAACCAAACAAACCAAAAACUCUUAAAAAUUCCACCCAUUUGCCAAUUUUUCCAGUUGUUUAAAUUAAAUUAAACCCAAAUCGAUCCCUUUUAUUUCCUAUCUUGCAUUUCCCAUCUCCAUCCUCCCUCUCUUCUUCUCCUUCUCCCUCCCCUGUUCUUGAAUUCCUCGCCGGAGAACUUCUCCGGUGGUCUCUGAGUUCGCACUCCAGGUUAGAAUUCUGGUGCGGUGGCUCGAGCUCGGGUUCGAAUUCGGAUUUCCUGGGUUGGUUGAUCUUGAUCGCACUCGCGGGAAGAAGAAGAAUUAGGAAGCAGAGUGAUCUCUGAUGGUCACGGGCCGAGAAGGGAAGAGAUAGGAGUUGUUGUCAUGGAGCCCGCGACGGAGACCACGGCGACUUCGCCGGCUGCGGCUGCCGCUGCGCAGCCGGAGGCGGAGGCGGAGGCGGAGGCGGAGUCGGCGGCGACGCCGGUGGCAGUGGCGGCGGCGGCGGCGGCAACCUAUCAGCCGCCAGCGCCGGUGGUUCCAGUCGCCGUGGCAGGUGCGGCGGCGGGGAGAGGGAACGGGAAGAGGAAGAGGGGGAGGCCGAGGAAGUACGGGCCGGACGGGAGCCUGCUCCGGCCGCUGAAGGCGACCCCGAUCUCGGCGUCGGUGCCGGACGACUCCGGCGGGGGGCAGUACACGCCGGCGGCGGCGGUGGGGGCCGUCAUGAAGCGCGGCAGGGGCCGCCCCGUCGGGUUCGUCAGCCGCGCGUCGCCGGUGUCCGUGGCCGUGACGGCCGCCACGUCCACCGCCGCGGUGGUCGUCUCGUCUCCGGCCACCCACACCCAGACGCCGCUCGGGCCGCUAGGUGAAUUGGUAGCAUGUGCUUCUGGUGCAAACUUCACACCUCAUAUCAUUAACGUUGCUGCUGGCGAGGAUGUUAAUAUGAAGGUCAUAUCUUUCUCCCAACAAGGUCCAAGGGCAAUUUGCAUUCUGUCUGCUAAUGGGGUGAUUUCAAAUGUUACAUUGCGUCAGCAAGAUACUUUAGGUGGUACAGUGACUUAUGAGGGCCGGUUUGAGCUGCUCUCCUUAUCCGGAUCAUUCACGCCAACUGAUAGCGGUGGAACGAGAAGCCGCUCCGGUGGAAUGAGCGUCUCGUUGGCGGCCACGGAUGGCCGUGUCAUCGGAGGCGGAGUUGCCGGCCUCCUUGUGGCUGCAAGCCCUGUUCAGGUUGUGGUAGGAAGCUUCCUGCCGAGCUACCAGCUGGACCAGAACGCCACCAAGAAGCCCGUCAUCGAGAUCACGACGGUGCCGCCGCCGCCGCCGGCCAUCGGCUUCACCAUCUCCAGCGGCGACCCUAUGGAGGACUCCUACAGCGGCAGCCAUGGCCAGCACCGCUCCGGCGCCGCCGCGGCGACGACGACGACGGCGAAGGCCAACUCGACGUCGGCGUUCAGGGUGGAGAACUGGACGCCACCGGCGCCGCCGGCGGCGGAGGCGGCGAGGACGAAGACGCCGUCGUCGGAGGCCAAAGUCCCAGUCCCCGGAGCCUGACGAAGCUUGCAUUGCAUAUAGUUGCAUUGUGUUGCCGUUUGUUAAUUAGGCCCUGAAAUGGAUGUGCAGAGAUGAAAAUUUUCGUACUACCAUCGAUCGAUCAGUCGUCGUCAGAUCAUCAGCAACCUCCGUAUGAUUAAAUCAGUGAUGCAGUUAAAUGUUAGUGGAAGAAAUUAUCACACCAUCCCUCGUGGACUGGUUUAUCCGAUUAAUCUGUACUUAAUUAUGAUAAGGCAGGGACAGUGGAGAAAUAUAAUUAAAUUCUCUUGUGGUACUAUCUGUUAGGCUCAUGUGAGCUAAUGAUGUGCUUGUCUUGCAUGCAGGUGCUGGGCAGCGGCUCUACUCCUACCUGUGAUGCUUAAUUGUUUAUUUAUGAUAAGUGCAAUAAUUAGGCUCCA